AUGCGAGUGGUCACCGUGACAGGUGAUCCACCACUUCGCUGUGUCCGGGCUCCACGGUUGGCCUCAUCCCUACGCGGCGUCAGCGCCGUUUCGCGUGACUCGCGAUCCUGGUCUCGCGCGGACGCAUGUCCUUCGUCGAUCGGUGGGAAGCCGUGGAUCAUCGAGCAAGAGAUCCAGCAGAUCACCACUGUUGCGAUUCCGAGUCCGAUCGACGCGAAUGGUCUCCUGCGUGGCCAGCCAGACGCUCAGUCCGGAUUGCCGUCC